AUGGCAAGAACACGAUCUCAGAAGUCUACCUCUGAAACCGACGACACUUCUAUUGCUCAUGGCGUCCUAGCCGCUCCAUCGGAUGGUCGGACAUCUCCAGCCGUUCCACCUCCGUCAACCGCUCCUCCCACUUCCGUAGCUCCACCACCAUCAGUUCCUCCGGCCAUUGCUUCACUGAUUCCGCCAAUAUAUGAGAACCCAUACUCUCUUUCUCAAGGUGACCAACUGGUAGCGGUUUUGGUCUCUAACUUCCUCCAAGGCAGCAACAACUACAACUCUUGGGUUCGUUCUAUAACCACUUCUCUUGUUGCCAAGAACAAGAUGGGUUUCAUCCUUGGUACGAUACCCACACCCCCACUUCAUGAUCCACACUACAAUUCUUGGACCCGCCGCAACUCCAUGGUUAUGGGCUGGAUUAUUAACUCAGUCUCACCUCCCAUCGCUGCCAGCAUUUUGUACCGAGAUCGUGCCUCUGCAAUGUGGCAUGACCUUCAUGAUCGGUACUAUCAGAGCAAUGGCCCUCAAAUUUUUCAACUGAAGCAGUCCAUUUCCAACAUCAAACAAGGGGAUCUUGACAUUACCACCUAUUUUACCAAGUUGCAAACUCUCUGUGAUGAACUGAAUAUGUUUGGGCCCCUCAUUGAUGGUGCCUCCUCGAAUUACCAAGAACAAGAUUAUGUCUUGUAUUUUGUAAUGGGUUUAAAUGAAUCAUAUGCUCCAAUCCGUUCCAAUAUUUUGAUGAUGGAGCCCCUUCCUCCCAUUAAUAAAGUUUUUUCUUUCAUCAUAGAGGAAAAACAAAGACCCUUGUCUAAUCUUCAGUUGCCCAUUGUUGCCCCUGUUCACACACAUAAACCUUUUGGGAAGAAACCCUUACAUUGUACUCACUAUGGCCUCCAAAAUCACACAUGCGAUCGAUGCUACAAGCUCCACGGUUUCCCCCUGGUUGGAAACCAAAACCUCACGACUCCACUGCUUCUUGGACUGCCAACAAACCAGAUUUUCAACCCAAAUACCAACCAAAAUAGGGAAUAG